AUGGGGAUUGAAACGUCUCCCUCUGCAAAAUCAGGGGACGAACAGUACCGUAGAGAUGAUGAACGAGAACUCGCACAAGAGAAGGCUGUGCUAGAGAGAACUAGUGUUGUUGGUAGUUCAGCUACAACAUCGAGUUUUCAAGCUGAAGAAAUUGGUUUGAUGUUGGUGAAGCAGAGAUUGAAUAAGCUGCAAGAGUUAGAAGCAAUGAACCAAGAGCUAAAAUCACGUUUGAAUGAGGACUUUCGCAGUUUCGAAAAGAGUAUUGAAAGGGCGAUAAAGCAAAUAACUGCGGUGAAGGAUAAUGUAAAUACAAAGAUCAAUGAGAUUGUCAAAAUAUUCAAAGACCCUCGUUGUCCCUUAUCCAUCAGUAUUGCGGCUUUUGCAAAGAGAAUGGUCUACAAAAGGACCCCUUUUGCAUCCAGCUACGUCAUCGUUCACGUCGCCUCGAUGUUUCCACAAGCUAUGGAUAUACUACUUGCUGAGUUCCACAAAGCUUGCAUCUACACUGCUCCAAAUCAUAUCGCAAACUCAGAUCAGUCAGUGUGGGAUUCUUCUGACGCUUAUGAACUCCUAGAUUCUAUUAUGAAGCUCUACGGUGCGCUCGUCCAGGAAGAUAUACACGGUGGCAAUGCUACUAACAUGCAUGGGAUAGAACAUGGAUAG